AUGUGGUUCACCCAUGAGGAUUUGGACACAUUUGUGGAGGAGGAGUGGAAGAAGAUAGUUGAAAAAGGAAGAGGCGAUUAUUGCUUGGUGGAAAAGUUGAAAACUCUUAAAAGUCGGUUAAUUUGGUGGAACAAGAACGUCUAUGGGUGGAUAGACCUCAAAAUCAACAAUGAGGGGAGAGAGAUGCAUUCUUUAGAUAACGUGUUUGUUCAUUUUGCAGGUAAUGUUCCGGAAGAUGUUGUAGUUAAAAGAAUAAAAGUGGCGGAGGACUUUUGGGACAACAUCAAUAAGAGAGAAGGCUUGCUUAGAUUGAAGUCGAGGCAACUUUGGCUUUCCGAAGGAGAUGACAACACCCGUUAUUUUCACAACUCCUUAAAAGAUAGAAGAAGAAGAAACUCUAUUUGUUCCAUUGCCACUUCGGAGGGAAGAUUGGAAGGUGUAGAAGACAUUAAAAAGUUCACUUUCAAGCAUUUCGAAAGCUUCUUUAAAGAAGAAAAUCCGUGUAGGCCGGAGCUUAGUGGGAUCAACCUUAACUCUUUAUCUUCGUUAGACUCAUCGGCAUUAGAGAAACCUUUCGAGGAAGACGAAGUAAAGGAAGCUAUUUGGUCGUGUGAUGGAAACAAAAGCCCGGGGCCGGAUGGUUUUUCAUUGGAAUUCUACAAAAAGUAUUGGUAUCUAAUCAAAGGUGAUGUCAUGAAGUGUUGCAACGACUUCUAUCAUAGAGGUACACUUGUUAAAUCCAUCAUUUCUUCCUUCCUUGCUCUCAUCCCUAAAAAGAAGAAUCCUCAAGAUUUGUUUGAAUACCGGCCAAUUUGUUUAGUGGGGAGCUUAUAUAAGAUUUUAACAAAGAUCUUAGCGGCGAGAAUGAGAAGUGUUGUGGAUAAGUUGGUCUCUACCAAUCAAACCGCUUUCGUUCUGGGAAGAAGUAUGAUGGACGGGGUGCUUAUGGUCAACGAGAUUCUUGAUUGGGCAAAAAAGAAGAAGAGGGGGUGCUUACUUCUUAAAGUAGAUUUCGAAAAGGCUUAUGACUCGGUUUCUUGGAAUUAUCUAAGGUGGAUUUUGGUGAGAAUGGGAUUUCGCAAAAGAUGGAUGAAAUGGAUGGAAUCAAGUAUCUUUACCAAUUACAUGUCCGUUUUGAUAAAUGGAAGUGCAACAAAAGAGUUCAAGAUUCAAAGAGGCUUAAGACAAGGGGAUCCCAUAUCACCUUUCUUAUCGUUCUUGCAAUGGAAGGUGGGCGAAGGUGCUUAUAAGAAAAAAGUGUGGCAAGAGGUGAUUGACAACAUAAAAUCUAGAUUAUCCAAGUGGAAAGGAAGGAACAUAUCCAUAGGAGGGAGGGUUACUCUUAUUGGCUCCGUGCUUAAUGUUAUCCCUAUCUUCACUCUCUCUUUCUACAAAGCCCCGAGCAAAAUCCUUCAAGCGAUAAGAAGCCUUCUUAGCAACUUUUUGUGGUGUGGGAAUGAGAAAUCUAAAUGCAUCCAAUGGGUAAAAUGGGAGAAUAUUUGCAAGCCCAAAGGAAAAGGUGGGUUAGGUAUUAGAGAUGUGGGAGAAAUGAACAAAUAUCUUCUCCUAAAAUGGAAGUGGAGAAUUUUAAAGGAAGAUAAGGCAAUAUGGAGUAAUUUCUUACGUUUGAGAUACCAUAACCCGAAGAUAAAAGUGUUAGCCGCUAGCAAGGAUCUUAUAAAUCGUGAUGAUUCUAGAUGGUGGAGAGACAUUGUUCUUAAUGACUACAAUGAGGAGGCUUUGGGCGAUGGGUUCACCGAUCGGAUCACAUGUGACUUAAAGCAAGAUAAUAAUGUUCUCUUUUGGCAUAGUGUUUGGUUGGUCGAUCAACCGCUCCGUGUUUUCUUUCCACUAUUGUUUGACCAUAUAACCAACAACUUAUGCACGGUGAAGGACAUUCUUAUUUCGAACAAUGGUAACAUUUUGUGUAAUUGGGAGGCCAUAUUCGGUGACGAGAUUUUUAUUCAUUUGGUACCGAACGCCAACUUAAUCAACUUAUCCAUUACGAGCAAGGCAAUUGGUGAUGAACUUAGGGAUUUAAUUGUGCUCCUUCGAGGUGUUGAGUUGGACAUAACGGCUAAGGAUGAUUUUCAUUGGAAUCUUACCUCUAACGGAGUCUUCACGGUGUCUAGUGUCUCGUUCUUGAUGUCUAGUGCAAAAGAGAUAGCUUGGCCAAACUCCACCAUCAAGCUCUUGGAUGUUAUUUGGAAGACAACCAUUCCGGCAAAGAUCAAGAUUUUUUCAUGGAGAUUCUUCAUCAAAAGAUUACCGCUAAAGGAUCAACUUGUUAAUAGAGGUGUGUCUAUCUUAACUUCCAUUGAUUGCCCUUUUUGUUCUAAUUACCCGGAAUCUUUGGACCAUCUUUUCUACCAAUGUCAAGUAACAAAGGAGGUUUGGAAUAGAACUUAUUUAUGGGUGGGUGAUGAUGCAAAUUUGACUCAAGAAGAAUUCAAGCACUUCGGGAGUAUCCAAGAAAAGGUGACAAACAACAACAUCAAAGCUAUUAUUAACACAAUAUGGUUAGCUUUUAUUUGGUGUAUUUGGAACAUGAGAAACACAAUCAUUUUUUAG